AUGACGCAGAUGCAUUUACAAAAGGCCGCGGAUGCGGUCAGGUGCAAGACCUUCCCGAUGUUCCUAGAAGGAAGGGCCCGGCAGUGGUUCCAGGGACUUCCCCCCAGGUCGAUCAGGUCUUUCACCCAGCUUGCACGACUGUUCUCAGCACAGUUCGUCUCUUCACGGGCCUUCUCUAAAAGCACCGCUCACCUCAUGACUAUCCAGCAAAGGGCUGAGGAGUCACUACGCGAGUACAUGGUGCGAUUCAAUAAUGAAUCCCUCCAGGUCCGCGACCGAGACGACAAGGUGGUCAUGGCUGCCUUCAUCAACGGGCUGCGCAAACAGAGACUAUAUACCGAGUUCGUAGAGAGACCUCCCAAAUCAGUUCGGGAGAUGUUGGACCGAGCUCACGAAAGGGCUAAUGCAGUGGAAGCGAAUCGCUUGAAGGGUGAACAGGAGAAACUGCCUAGGUCAAGCAGGCCGUGA